AUGGAAAAAUCUGAAGUAGACCUAGAAUCUGCAGCAAACCACCAAGGCGAAUCCAAUGUGGAACUGCUUCUGGAUGAUCCCGCUGCCCGGCCUGCCUGGGGAUCCAAGGUCCAAUAUAUCCUAGCCCAAGUUGGUUUUUCUGUGGGGCUUGGCAACGUUUGGCGGUUCCCCUACCUCUGCCAUCAAAAUGGGGGAGGAGCUUUCCUGCUGUUGUAUUUGCUGCUCCUCAUCGUCAUUGGGAUCCCGCUUUUGUUCCUGGAGCUGGCGGCCGGACAGAUUAUCCGCCGGGGAAGCACUGGGGUCUGGAAGCACAUCAGCCCCCGCCUAAUAGGCUUCGGCUUUGUCAGCUGCAUGAUAUGUGCCUUUGUCUCACUGUAUUAUAACGUCAUAAUUGCAUGGAGCCUUUACUACCUGGGCAAAUCCUUCCAGUUUCCCUUGCCCUGGGAAAGUUGCCCAGAAGUCUCCAACCAAAUGGAAGAAGAAAUGGAGUGUACCCAGAGUUCUCCCACCACCUACUUCUGGUACCGUAACACCCUGAAUGUGACUGGCUCAAUCGAGGAGAGUGGAGGCUUCAACCCAGCUCUUGUCAGCUGCCUCUUCGCCGCUUGGGCCAUGGUGUGUCUGGCCAUGAUCAAAGGCAUCAAAUCCUCUGGAAAGGUUCUGUAUUUCACUGCGCUGUUCCCCUACGUGGUUCUCUUUUGCUUCCUCGUGCGGGCACUGCUGCUAGAAGGAGCAAUGGAUGGAAUCAAGAUCAUGUUCACGCCCAAGCUGUCCAUCUGGGGCGACAUUCAGGUUUGGUACCAAGCGGCCACCCAGGUGUUCUUUGCGCUAGGACUGGGCUUCGGCACCAUCAUCGCCUACUCCAGCUACAACCCGCGAGACAACAACUGCCACAUCGACGGGCUGCUGGUCUCCAUUAUCAACUUCCUCACCUCGGUGCUGGCCAUGCUGGUUGUGUUUGCUGUACUGGGCAUCCGUGCCAACAUCAUCGCACAAGCUUGCGUGGAAAGCAAAAUAGACCUCCUGCGUCAUCUGCAGUUCAAUGGCUCUCUCGCCACUGAACCCCUUCCCGCUGGGAAUGUCUCGACUGCUCAGUACAGCGCCUGGUAUCAAGGGCUCCCAAAUGAGACGGAGAAGUGGUUGCUGGAGUUGGGGAUCGGGGACUGUCGUGUGGAGGACGAGAUGAACAAGGGUGUGGAAGGCACAGGCCUGGCGUUCAUCGUUUUCACCGAGGCCAUGACCCUCUUCCCUCUGGCCCCCUUCUGGUCCGUGCUGUUCUUUUUCAUGCUGCUGAACUUAGGGCUGAGCUCCAUGCUCAGAAACAUGCAAGGGAUGAUCACUCCUUUGGUAGACAACUUCCAGAGCCUCCACAAGCGACGGACCCUCUUCACAGUGCUGUGUUGUGUAGUUGGAUUCCUCUUGGGCCUGCUUUUUGUUCAGCGCUCGGGAAGCUACUUCGUGGCCAUGUUUGAUUCCUACUCCGCCACUUUGCCCCUCCUGAUUGUCGUGGCCGGGGAAGCUUUUGCCGUGGCCUGGAUCUAUGGGGCCGACAAGUUCUUGGACGACAUAGAACCAGCCGUGCUGGACUGGCGGCCGUGGCGCAUCUACAGCUACAUGUGGCGCUUCGUUAGCCUGGCAUCGAUGUUGUGCCUGCUGCUGGCAAGCCUGGUGCGCCUGUGUUUGAGUCGCCCGACCUACCAGGCCUGGAACAAGAAAGAGGCAGAUAAGCAGCAACUGGAGUACCCGCCCUGGGCUCUGGGCCUUCUCAUAAGCCUCAUUGUUGUGGCCGCCCUUCCCAUCCCGAUCAUGUUUGUCCGGCAGUUAUUGAUAGAAUGGUUGGCGCAGCGAGACGGCAAGUCUGCUCUGGAAGCAGCAUCUCUCCCCCCUGAGGAAGAAGAUGAAGAGGAAGAAAGAGAGAGCCCAGCUGAUCCCGAUCACCAAAGUAAUGGGUACCUGCCUGUUCAGACAGAAGACAGGCAGGACCUCUAGCUGGGAUGUACCCUAUACUGAACGCAACCCA